AAUUGGAGCGCCUGGAGAAGGAGCGACAGGCCGCCAACGCACAGCACCAACCUCUGGGGAAGGGCUUGCAGAAAGUCGAUACCACCUCCUCCACGCCCAAUAAUCUGGCACGAGCAGGUUAUAGUAGCUAGUACCUUGGGCAGCUGCAGCCAUCGAUGGCAGCCGGCGCGGGGGGGCGCAGGUCGCAGUAGGCAAGGCCUGCCGAGCCCGGCUUCACAUCUUCGGCUGCCCGCGGCUGUGAUGGCGGCUAAGGUCCGACGCUGCAACGGGCGGAGGUGCGCUGCCUAGCAGGGCCAAGCCGCAUCACGAACCCGUCCACUAAGGCGGGUGAUCGCCACUGGCAAUAUUGACGAAUUUUGGGGCAUCUGGGAAUUCGGGAUAGGUGCACUUCAAGGGGCACAGGGAGUAAAUAGGUACUUGGCGCGUCGGCAGGCAAUGGCGGGAUAUUGAAACAAUGGAUCACACAGUCAUCAGCCAAACAUGCCCCGCCUCGUCGUCGGUGGGGGUGAGAAAGGAAGAAAGGAAGAGACAUGGACAGGCGGCAGCCGCCGGGAUCUGUCGGCGAUCAGUUUUCGGUUUCCUCUCACGCAGCCCAAUGGUGGGAGGCGGACGGGCGACAGCGACGAGGAGGCUGGGCGUUUUGUUCCGCCCGAGCUGGCGCGGGGCAACGGAUCGGAUUGGGGGAUGGGUUCUCGGGCCCCGUCUCGCCUGGUCACACCCGGAGGAGCUGCUAGUGUCGCACCACUCCAGUAG